CCCACUCUCGUCCACCGUCUCUCCUUUACAUCACAUCCAUAAAAAUGUCGUCUCCUGCUCCCCUCGAGGAUGGACGUGUCGGCUCGCGCAUCGAGAACUAUACCGGCUUCUGGCAGAAGGAUAUGGACAAAGAAGCUAAGGUUGAUACCGAGAACCGUGUCGAUAACUACACCGACGUUAUUAACGGUUACUACGAUGGAGCAACCGAACUCUACGAGUACGGUUGGGCACAAUCCUUCCACUUCUCGCGGUUCUACAAGGGCGAGGCCUUCGCUGCGUCUCUUGCCCGUCACGAACACUAUCUCGCCUCUCAGAUGGUCCUGAAACCUGGCAUGCGUGUCCUCGACGUCGGCUGCGGUGUCGGUGGACCUGCACGGGAGAUUGCACGCUUUGCAGACGUCAACAUCGUCGGGGUGAACAACAAUGACUUCCAGAUCGGCCGUGCACGGAAGUACACGAAGAACGCCGGCCUUGAGGGACAAGUCACAUUCGCUAAGGGCGACUUCAUGAAAUUAUCCGAGCAGUUCGGCGAAAAUUCCUUCGAUGCGGUAUAUGCUAUCGAGGCUACCGUGCACGCCCCGACAUGGGAGGGUGUCUAUGGCGAGAUUCUCAAGGUUCUCAAGCCUGGAGGAGUAUUCGGUGUAUACGAAUGGGCGAUGACCGACCGUUGGGAUCCAUCUAUCCCUGAACAUAAAGCUCUCGCACAUGAGAUCGAGUUCGGUAACGGUAUCCCGGAGAUGCGCCCGCUGUCCAAGGCGCGCGAGGCGCUGAAGACGGUCGGAUUUGAGAUCGAGCACGAGGAAGAUCUUGCAGAGCGUGAUGAUCCUGUACCAUGGUACUAUCCUCUCGAGGGCGAUAUCUCAAAAGCACAGACGGCAUGGGACUACAUCACGGUUUGGCGGAUGAGUUGGAGCGGCAAGUUGGUCAGUCAUACGGCCAUGCGUGUCAUGGAGUGGUUCGGCCUGCUACCCAAGGGCACAUAUGAUGUCGGCGAGGCUUUGAAGGUUGCGGGCGACUCCCUUGUCAGGGGUGGUCAGACGAAGCUAUUUACGCCCAUGUAUCUUGUCAUCAGUCGCAAGCCACGUCAAGACUGAAUAUAGCCCUUCGUUACCUCUGUCGCUUCCUGGAUCUUGGUCAUUUUGACAGGUACAUUAAUUCAUUUAAUCUAGACAUUCUUGGAUGUGAUACCCCAUGCUCGGCAACGCUGCAUAAUUGCUUGUUGC